AUGAGCUACACGAGUGUCAGUCUCCCUUCAUGGUGGAGAAUUCUUGAACUUGUUCUUCUCCUUCUUCUCGUUACUAAUUUUAACCAAUGUUGUGGCCUAAGUAGAGAUGGUGUUUUGUUGCUUUCGUUCAAGUACGCUGUGCUGAGUGAUCCACUCUUAGCUCUUGGAACCUGGAACUACAGCGAUGAGACACCGUGUUCGUGGAAUGGAGUUGAUUGUUCGAUUGUACCAGGUGCAGCAACAACAACAACAAACGCUACACAAUAUCGCGUUACUGGGUUGUCUCUACCACAUUCUAGGCUUGUGGGUUCUAUUCCUUCCGAUCUGGGUUCCAUUGAGCACCUCCAAAUUCUUGAUCUUUCCAACAAUUCACUCAACGGGUCUCUUCCUUCUCCACUUUUCCAAGCUUCCGAGCUUCGGUUUCUUAACUUGUCUAAUAACUUCAUAACAGGGGAGGUUCCAGAAUCCAUAGUACAGCUCAGGAAUCUUCAGUUUCUUAAUCUUUCUGAUAAUGCCUUGGUGGGGAAAGUACCCAACAAUCUUUCAAACAUGCAAAAUCUAACUGUUGCUGCAUUGAAGAACAAUUACUUGUCUGGCUUUCUUCCUAGCGGAUUGAGAACACUGCAAGUUUUGGAUCUGUCCUUUAACUUGUUGAAUGGAACUCUGCCCCAAGACUUCGGUGGUGACGCCAUGCGUUACUUGAACAUAUCCUAUAACCGAUUUUCUGGGAAAAUCCCACAAGAGUUUGCGGGAAAAAUUCCAAGUAACGCCACCGUUGACCUCUCAUUCAACAAUCUAACAGGCCAGAUUCCAGAUUCGACCGUUUUGUUUAAUCAGAAGCCAAGUUCUUUCUUUGGGAAUGUUGAUCUAUGCGGUGAACCAACAAAAAAAUCAUGUCCUAUUCCUUCUUCACCAUCCUCUGAACCAAAAGUUUCUGAUCCUACAUCACCUCCUGCAAUAGCUGCGAUUCCAAAGACAUUUGAUUCUCCCAUGGCACCAACCGGAUCAUCUUCUCAGAAAAAACAGAGUGGCCUCAGACGAGGAACGAUUAUAGAAAUCGUGGUGGGAGAUAUAGUAGGCAUUGGAAUCUUAGCCACGAUUUUCGUGUACGUGUAUCGAUUGAAGAGAAAGAAGGAGGCUGAGAGUGUAAUAAAGAACGAAGCAGCUGCAGCAAGGAGUGACAGUUCCUCAUCAACCUCGGAGUCAAGAGGGUUCACGAGGUGGUCGUGCUUGCGCAAAAGAGCAGAGGAAGAAGAAUCCUCGGAGUCCACGAGCUCUUCUGAUAGUGACGUGGAAGCACAGGAGGGGCAGAACCAGAAGAAGGGUCAUGAAAAUCAGAAUCAACAAGGGAACAAAACGGGUACUCUCGUGACCGUUGAUGGUGAAAGAGAACUCGAAUUGGAAACACUACUGAAAGCCUCAGCGUACAUAUUGGGUGCAACCGGUUCAAGCAUAAUGUACAAGGCUGUGCUUGAAGAUGGAACGUCCUUAGCGGUUCGCAGAAUCGGUGAGAGUGGCGUGGAGCGGUUCAAGGACUUCGAGAAUCAGGUUCGGGUCAUAGCUAAACUGGUUCACCCAAAUCUUGUUCGGGUUCGUGGCUUCUACUGGGGACACGAUGAGAAGCUCAUCGUCUAUGACUUCGUUCCUAAUGGCAGCCUUGCCAGUGUUCGUUACAGGAAGGUGGGCUCCUCGCCUAGUCAUUUACCGUGGGAAGUCCGACUCAAGAUAGCGAAAGGGGUGGCACGUGGGCUAGCUUACCUCCACGAGAAAAAGCACGUGCAUGGAAAUUUGAAGCCUAACAAUAUUCUAUUGGGCAAUGACAUGGAACCCAAGAUUGGAGACUUUGGGCUUGAGAGAAUAGUGACGGGUGACACCAGCUAUAAAGCCGGAGGGUCUUCACGUAUUUUUGGGAGCAAGAGAUCCACGGCCUCGCGUGAAAGCUUCCAAGACAUCACGUUUGGGCCUAGCCCGAGCCCGAGCCCGAGCUCAAUAAGCGGUGUAUCUCCUUACCAUGCUCCUGAGUCACUCAGGAACUUGAAGCCUCACCCGAAGUGGGAUGUGUACUCUUUUGGGGUCUUGUUUCUUGAGUUGCUAACGGGGAAGGUUGUGGUUUUGGAUGACAUGGGCCAAGGGCCUGGGCUUUUGGUUGAGGAUAAGAACCGGGCCUUGCGGAUGGCUGAUGUCGCUAUUCGUGUUGAGAUGGAGGGUAAGGAGGAGGCCUUGUUGGCCUAUUUCAAGUUAGGGUACAGUUGUGUAUCUAGUGUUCCACAGAAAAGGCCACCAAUGAAAGAGGUGCUACAAGUUCUUGAUAAGAUCCCGUCCUCGUCUUCUUGCUCCUCAUAUUAUUAUAGCCAAUAAUAAACCAUGAUUUGCCAAAUGGUUUUGUAGAAAAAAAAGUGUACUCAUGAUUGACUAAUAGGUUUUUGUGGUUGGA